GCUAGCUCCAGUGUCUCAUUAUCAUCUUCUUAGAGCAUGGCACCACCACAUUCCAUGGCUUGCUCCCGCCUGUCCCUGGCCGUGCUCUUCUGCUUGGCCCUACGCGCCGGCGCCAACGCGGUGGCCGGUGCCCACCUAGCGAUGUUCGCACCCGCGCCUGUCCCUGCGGCGCCUCGGGGCCGCCUGGCGGAGCUGCUGGACGGGGAAGGGUCGCAGCAGUGCUGGGAGGCGCUGGUGGAGAUCAAGUCGUGCACGGGGGAGAUCAUCCUCUUCGUCGUCAACGGCAAGGCGUACCUGGGUCCCGGGUGCUGCCGCGCCAUCCGCGUCAUCGAGCAACGCUGCUGGGCCGCCGACGCCAUGCUGUCCGUCAUCGGGUUCACCCGAGAGGAGGGGGACAUGCUCAAGGGGUACUGCGACGACGGCGAGGACGACGGCAGCGGCGGCGGGCAACACGGCUCGACCCCGCCUCACCCUGCUGCCCGCGAGAUCGUCGCUCCUGUGGCGGGAAGGAAGCACUGGGUGCACCGUUGAUCGUGCCGAAGCGUCCACGUCCAAUCAUGCUGAAGUGGCCAUGUUCUCGUGAGAAUUUUCCUUUCCGUGGGGGCUUUCGGCGGGCUCGACCCGGCCAUCAAAUUCGCAGUCCAAAAGACCCAAACCAACCGAAGGAAACCAAGCGCGGGAGGCCCCUCGCUGCGACACAGGCUGCUGCAGCAAGCACCACGUGAGCUGUGCGGGCCACGCCGGAGGGCAGGGCGGAUGGAGACGGAGGCGACAACUGCCGCCGCGGCCGGCUGAGGAAGGCAUAGAGGCUCGGGCACGUGACCGCUGUGCAAGUGCGCAACAAACGGUCCAGCUCGAACCGUGUCCGUGUGCGAGCGAAGUAGGCAUCCAGACUCGGCUCCUCGGUAAUCCUCGCACGCCACAAGCGGACACUCAUCGGUUACGCUGCGAAUGCGAAUGCCGGCUUCAAAACUCCGCCUGAGGCCGCCGCUGCUCCUCGCUGCCGCGUGCAGCGUCGGCCUCGCCAGUGCAAGGGGAGACGGGGGCGGAGGCGGCGGUUCCUGCGAGUUCUCCGUCGCGCGCGGCGGAGAGCUCUACAGCUUCACCCUCUCAGCGCCGACGGCGACGCACCGCCACGGCGUCCUUAGCGAGGAUGGGGAAUGGGGAUUGGCGCAAAAUUCUCUUUGGGAGGUGAGACGCACGGUGAAACGAAGACAAAAUGCGAGCGGUAGGUUCGGAGCCGCCUCGUGCUCUGCGGAGCCAAGCUUCUCGUGUUUGACGAAAUGCUCGUCCUGUGUUUGAGAAUUGGCCGCGUUGCCGAACCUGUGCUGUGAUUCGGUGAUUCUGUCGCUUCGCUUUGUUAUGUGGGCUGACCAUUAUACUAUAUCAGCAUAUCAAGCUUAUCUUGGUAACAGAGCAGCUGCCUCUACAAACUUGUGAACUUGUGGCCUGCUCGGCUCGCUUGUUGAAAGCUGAAAAUUACUGGGCAGGGCUCUGCAAGUAUGCACAAUGCACCAGCAAAUCUUGAAAUCCAUCCGGUUGUAUUAAUUGCGCUAUCAACUGUUUGUUAUGUUAUGGACUUAUGAUACUUAUUUAUGUUUGAGUGUGUCUCGGAAUAAUGGCCAUAUUGUGUUUUAAAUUUUACAAGAUGGUUCUGAAUGAUUUAGUACUCUGGUUCCAGGUUGGUUUUGAUAAGUUAUUCUUUCCGUGUUAUUGUCAUUUGCAAGUGUAGUUUCCUACAUUUUGGACAGCUAAUAUUAUAAGCAGGCGUAUAAUAACUGCAAAAAUGAACUGAUUGAACUCCCU